AGGUAACCAAUUUUUUUUCCUUUUCCAAGGCCACAAGAAAAGCCAUUGAGGAAGCUAAAGAAAGACUCAUCAUGCCCCCUGUUUUGGAUGAACGAGAGCCGAUUGAUGAUGUCUUAGCAGAAGACAAAUUACUUGAAGGAACUGAAACUACAAAAUAUGUCUUUACAGAUUUAACUUACUCUGUUCCACAUCGUGAACGUUUCAUUGUAGUUAGAGAACCAAAUGGUGUGUUACGCAAAGCAACUUGGGACGAACGGGACAGAAUGAUCCAGAUAUUCUUCCCAAAAGAAGGGCGCAGAAUUAUUCCCCCAGUGUUAUUUAAGGAUGAACACCUUGGGAACGUAUUUCAGCAAGACCGUCAUGAGGAUGUCCUCAACAUGUGCAUUGCUCAGUUUGAGCCAGAUUCAGCUGACUAUAUCAGAGUUCAUCAUCGGACAUAUGAUGACAUUGAGAAACAUGCCAAAUACGAUCUGCUCCGUUCAACAAGACACUUUGGAGGCAUGGUGUGGUAUCUCGUCAACAGAAAGAAAACAGAUGGCUUACUAAUAGAUAUGAUCAACAGAGACUUGCUGGAUGAUGCUACGAGUUUAAUUACCCUGUAUCACAUGCUUCAUCCUGAAUGUCCAUCAGCAAAAGAAGCUAAGGAAGGGAAACUUCAAGGAGUUGAUCUGAUCGAGGCAUUUGCAAAAACUGAAUCGCAGAGAGAAGGCUACAUACAACUGGCCCUCCAGGCUUAUAAAGAAGCAAUGGCUACUUCUACAGCUUCAUGAAAUCAACCUUUGUUCCCCACAAGUUUUAAGCGUGUUUAUAAGCAUUCUCUGUACAGGAUUCCACAAUAAAUACUUGAAA